CGAUCAUCUCGCAAGCCUCAGGAACCAUGUCGCCCGAUCUUCCCCCCCACGCGAUGACCGAGCGACCUGGCACCGAGCUCGUCGUCAGAGGCAGCACCUCGUCCACCACCGAUGGGCGCAGCCUCAUCGAGGGCCUCCCCAACGAGGUGCUCAUCAAGAUUGCUCAGAGUGUCGAAGGAAAGAACAAGGUCCCCAUCCUCCUAAGCCUGUGUCUGGUCUCCAAACAGAUGGAUUCUGUGGCCAGAAAGCCCCUUUACCAGAAAGUUAUCAUUGAGUCCUACCUCGCUCUGACGAAGCUCUACCGUGCACUCAGGAAGAACAAGGCCCUCGGCCCCUACAUUGAGGAACUCGAGAUGCUGGUCCCAGGUUUCAUCGUGGACCCCGACUACCUGGACCUCAUCGACGAUGAUGACUUUGUCCUGCAAUGCUCUCAUUAUGUCGAGGUGCUGAAGCGCACGCCUCAGCUCAAGACGCUCAACCUUGUCCUCUUGCAUUUGAAGGGAACCAGCAGGCCAUUUGACACCUGCCUUACCCCGCAGAUGUGGGACGAGUUCAUCAGCAAGCUAUCGGACGCUAUCACUCUGUCACAGGAGGAGAGCUCUGCCACUGCCAUCCUACCCCUGCUGGAGGAGGUUCGACUGGGGACGGAUCGUUUCUUUCGCAUUGGCAUGGAGCAACCCAUGGUUUUGCUGCCAUUCUUGCAAGUUCCGUCCAUGGCAAGGAUUGAGAUGAUUGGCGAUUCUGGUCUUUGGCCUGGUAUCAGCUAUCCCUUGCUUCGAAAUGCCACCAGGGCCUCCCCGAUCGCAUUGGGCGCACACCAGUUCAAGCAAGUCAAGUCCGUGAUCCUUACAGACAGCCACUGCCUGUCCAGCGACAUCAUGGAUGCUUGCAAAAUCUUCCCAAACAUUGAGGUCUUCUUUUGCCAACACUGCAUCGGAUCCGGGACCUACAAGAUGCUGGACAGCCAUCGAUUCAUAACCGAGCAACACGCUGCCGACCCGUCUGAGAAGCGAUACCUGACCAAGAGCUUCACGCAGCUGAAGAAGCUGCAGAGCCUUGCCCUGGUCCCCAUCAUGGGUGAGCCUAUCGGACCAGACUGGUGUAAAAUAUUCAUUGGACCGGAUGGGUUUCUCAACCUCACUCGACUUCCGGCCCUGACAUCCGUCGCCGCCGUGAUCACUCUCUUUGCAUACCCCCAGGGCCAAGGGAAUGGCCAUCUGACCCCGUCCCCAAUGGAAAUUCUCCCUCGUUCGCUACAGUCGCUCCAAAUCAUCGUUGACCCCUGGACCGGCCGCGUCCUCCACCCAUACCGCACGCCUCUGAAUACCCAUUGGUUCCAGCCUCGAGAGGCCGCCCUCCGUUUCCUCAACACGCUCGCCAGCACCUGCGCAAAGGAGUUCCCCGAUCUCCGGCACGUCGAGUACAUCUGGGCCGUUGACCGCAACGCCGACGCCAAGCUCCACGCCGACUUCCCCGGGGCCCCCAGCGAGGACACCCUCUGCCGUCUCGCCGAUGGGUCCUUUGGCGUCCUAUGGGCUCCUCGCCGCUGUCCUGGCAUGCGCCCGCUGUGCUGCGAGAUGCACACCAGGAUCCAGGCGCUCAGCCCGGACGAGGACUACUAUUCCAGGGCUGCCAAGUUCGUCUCGCCUUUCAAGGACCGCUUCGACGCCCUCGGCGCCGCCUUCGAGGAGGCCAACGUGGUCUUCCGCAUCGUCGAGCUGGUGGAGUACGAUGAGUUCUACGAUCACUGGAAGGCAGGUCGAGACCUGGAGUGA